CGGCAGGUCCAGGAAACCCCUGGGGCGUACGGGUGGCCCCGGGGGGGCCGGGGGCGGGGAGGCGGGCGGCCGGCACCGCCCCGGCCGACAAAAGUCCCUUCAGUUCAGCCGGCUGCAGGGGAAGUCCCGGCGCCCGGCGAAACCACCCUCCGGUGCAGCCAAGCCGAGCCGCGCUCCGGCCGCCGUCCCCGGCGGCCCCAUGCCCCGAUGCCCCGCGGGGGCCAUGGACGAGGGGCCCGUGGACCUGCGCACCCGGCCCAAGGCCGCCGGACUCCCGGGCGCUGCGCUGCCUCUCCGCAAGCGCCCGCUGCGCGAGCCCUCCCCGGAGCCUGCUGCUCCCCGCGGCGCUGCGGGCCCUGCCGUCCCCCCGGACCCUCUGCGCGGCGGCUGCGACCUGCCCGCGGUCCCCGGGCCCCUCCACGGCCUGGCCCGGCCAGAGGCGCUUUACUACCCGGGACCCUUACUGCCCCUCUACCCUGCCCCGACCAUGGGCUCCCCGUUUCCUCUGGUGAACCUGCCUACACCCCUGUACCCCAUGAUGUGCUCCAUGGAACAUCCCCUUUCUGCUGACAUCGCCAUGGCUACCCGUGCAGAUGAGGAUGGAGACACGCCUCUCCAUAUUGCUGUGGUGCAGGGUAACCUGCAAGUUGUGCACCGGUUGAUCAACCUCUUCCAGCAGGGGGGCCGGGAGCUCGACACCUACAACAACCUACGGCAGACACCGCUCCACCUGGCUGUGAUCACCACAUUACCGUCUGUGGUCCGGCUCCUGGUGACGGCUGGUGCCAGCCCCAUGGCGCUGGACCGCCAUGGCCAGACGGCCGCCCACCUGGCGUGCGAGCACCGCAGCCCGACCUGUCUGCGAGCCCUGCUGGACAGCGCAGCUCCGGGCACGUUGGACCUGGAGGCCCGCAAUUACGACGGGCUCACUGCCCUGCACGUGGCAGUGAACACCGAGUGCCAAGAAACCGUGCAGCUCUUGCUGGAGCGCGGCGCGGACAUCGACGCAGUGGACAUUAAGAGCGGCCGCUCCCCGCUCAUCCACGCGGUGGAAAACAACAGCCUUAACAUGGUGCAGCUGCUGCUCCAGCACGGCGCCAACGUGAACGCGCAGAUGUACUCGGGCAGCUCCGCGCUGCACUCGGCGUCCGGCCGCGGGCUCCUCCCGCUGGUGCGCACGCUGGUCCGCAGCGGCGCUGACAGCAGCCUCAAGAACUGCCACAACGACACGCCACUCAUGGUGGCGCGCAGCCGCAGGGUCAUCGACAUCCUGAGGGGGAAGGCCACCCGGCCUGCUUCCACCUCCCAGCCAGACCCCUCCCCUGACCGGAGCACCAACACCUCCCCAGAGAGCAGCAGCCGCCUCAGCUCCAAUGGUCUUCUCUCUGCAUCACCAUCCUCCUCACCCUCCCAGUCUCCCCCGAAAGACCCCCCUGGAUUCCCCAUGGCUCCUCCCAAUUUCUUCCUUCCUUCCCAAUCUCCACCUGCCUUCCUGCCCUUUGCUGGGGUCCUCCGAGGCCCUGGCCGGCCAGUGCCCCCCUCCCCAGCUCCAGGGGGCAGCUGAGAGGGAUGGGGGGGCAGAUCUUGGACUCAUGAGGAGGGGCCCCCUGCUCUGUGGGGUCAACCCUUCUGGAAACUGUGAAGAUCUCACUCUGCCCCCCCCCAUCUUCGGGACCAGGAUUUGCACAGAAGCACAUGCACCUACCCAUACACCCCUCUUCUGAGCACAGAUGUUCCCGCGUCUCGCCCCCUGCCCAAGACUCUGACCCCAGUACUCUCAGGCACCAGUCCCUGUCCGGAAUUCCACCCACAUCUUCCAUUUCCUUGUCCUCUCCCAGAGCUGGUGGACCCAGGGAACAGCCACUCCCCUCCACUCUCUACCAGAUCACUGAGGAGGGGGGAGGUGGGCCGUCACAGGCACCGAUCAUGAUGUAAAUUAUUAAGCAUUUUGGUUUGAUUUCUUUUGUAAUAAACUAUUUUUGUACCAUA